AUGUCGUCUCAUCCGUGUCUCACGAGAGCUUCGUCCUUCUCCCCUCCACUUCCUUCCUUCAGCGGAUUCCUCAAUGAUCCCAGCACGUGCCGUCACGGUGAUCAUAACAGCAACAGCACUACUAGCCCUGUUGGUGACUGGGAGGCGCUCCCUGUUGGUUACUGGGAGGCGCUCCAGGAGCGAGCAGGGCCCAGCUCUUCCGUCGCUGCACCAAUCGACGACCAGGAUUUGCACUAUUCUAGUGGAGAUCCGUUUUUUUCGAGCCCCUUGCCGUUACCUGCGCGAAUGACUGAUUCGCAACAGCAGCAGCAGCAGCAGCAGCAUGAAAAGCAAGUAGUGAGGGGCGACGGCUGCAUGGGAAGGAGCGGCGUCUACUUAGGUCGCUCCCUCCCGCGCUGCCGAUCCGAGGAGGCCCCCUCUCCCUUCGGAAGCUUCCAUUCUGCGGUCGGACGCGGCGAGAGUUACGGGCAGAGCCGAGGCGAGUCGAUCGAAUCUCCCGACGGGUCUUUCGCAGGGCUUUCAGACGAGGGGUGCGGCGGGAUUGGAGUCGGUGCUAGUAUCGAGGUUUAUGAGGGGGAGGGUCAUCUGAGGGAGGGCGUAUUCGACAGUACUAGCAGCGGCAGCGGCAGCGGCAGCGCACGCGAGGGAGGGCGCGGGGGAGUGGAGUUGAUUCGCGCGUCAACGGACGGAGUAGUGCAGGCGAGGAGAGCGAGAAAGUUCACCAUGGCGUUUAUGGGUGCUGGUAUGUUCCACGGCCGGGGGAAGGUGCGGCGGCCGGGCAGGACUGAAAAGAAAAGUUUGGGCAGGGAGAAGGAUUUUGAACUGGUCGGAAGUGAUGGAGGGCGAAAAGGAGGAGAGGAGGGGGUAGGGACUGAGGGGGAGGGAGUGGGGGGAGAGAGUGUGGUGGCUUCGUCGAGAGGAAAGGGGGGUAGAGGCAUUGGAAGCUUUGCCGCUGCUGGUGCUAUCCGCACAGCGAGUGGAUCAGAGGGAGAGGGAACGGGCGCAGAGGGCCCGACAAUGCUGGCAGCAGGCCGAUCCGUCUCCCUGCAUGCUGGGGCGCCUGCCGCCAGUCCCACGUUCCUCCAUGCUGGAGAGGCUGCAGGCGGAAAGAGGGGCAAGAAAUGGGGCAGGCGGGAGCGAAGGGGAGAAAGGGCUGGGGGGGGAGGGGAGAGGGGUGGCACGGAGGCGGGGAGGAGGGAGGGGAGGGAAGGAAGGGAUUCAGGGAGGAGGGAGCGGCGGUGCAAGUGGAGCAGUGACUCUCUGUUCGCGCACCUGGCUUCCGUGGGAGAGGUGGAGCGCAGUAGCAGCGUGGAGGAGGAAUCGGAUGAGGCGAUGUCGCCUUUCUCUUCGAGCUCGUGGGAGCAGAGGCCUAUUCUGAGCAGUUCAGCAUCUGUAGCAUCGUCAGCAGCAGCAGCAGCAGCAGCAGCAGCAGCAGCAGCAGCAGGAGCAUAUGGGGGCCAUGAUUUGCUGGCCCCGAUCUUUUCUGGGGAAGUUUUGGACGGAGCAGCUGCAGCAGCUGCUGCAGAAGCAGCCUUUCUGGCAGCAUCUUCAGGUGAUAUCAAAUCAACGGCUGAGAACGUGAGAUCUGGCGAGAUCGGGCUGGCUGCAGCACCAUCGAGCCGCAGAAACAGAUUCGGCCGUCUGGCCUCCCUACGACCCCUCACCCCGCCCCACCACUCAUCCCUCCCUCACCGCUCACAGGAAGCAGGCCCGGUCAAUGACAGACUGACACCUGUACAAUGGGCACAGCAUGCAAGCAGCCAGCUUGUACAGGGUGGGGCAGCAGGCCAAAGCAGACACGGAGGUACGGGAGCUGCCGGAGCUACUGGAGGUACGGGCGCUACCGGAGGUUCGGGCGUUACUGGAGCUAGGGCAGGACAUGUGAGUACAGGAAGCAUGAAAAUGCCGAGCGCAUCACGUCCGAUCACUCUCCUCCCUCCCGGCUCCUCCUGGCCCCCCAUUUCCACCGCAUCAACCCCCCCCUCCUCUUCUAAGAGUGCCGCUUCUGCUUCUGCUGCCGGUGCUGCUGGUGCUGGUGCCAGUGGUGGUGGUGCUGGCUCGUCUGAAGUUGCUGCUCUGCUGCUGCUACUGCUGCUGACGCUCUCGCUUCUGCUGCUGGGGAGGGUGGCGGCUGUGGUUGGAGUCUCGUGUGUCUUGCUGUUGGUCGCGCGGGUGGAUCGUGGGGGGAGAGGGUGGGUGGGAGAGGGUGAGGAAGGGAGUGGGGAGGCCGGGAUUCGGGAGGAAGAAGGGGCGGAUGGAGUUGGGAGGGUUGGGAGGGGAGUGAGUCGGGAGGAGGAAGAGGAGAGGGCGAGGGAGGAGGAGGAGAGGAGGAGGCGAGAGAGGGUGAGGGAGGAGGCGAGGCAGAGGCGGGUGGCGGCGAUUCUGCAGCACAGCCGGGUUUCGGACCCACGCACUUUGUCAGUGAUGGAGGGGCUUCUAUCUCGGUCAAACACGGGCUUGGAGAGGCGAAGAUGA